AUGGAGGAGAAUUCGCCGAUCAGAUCCCAAAACUCCUCCGCCUCUUUAUCCACCACAUCCGAUUCGCAGUACACAAAGUACCGCUUCCCGGCGACCAACCGAAGCAUGGUGUUGAAGGCGAACCCUCUGAAUUUCGAGCUCAGAUUCACCCCUCGUUUGUCUCCGGACUCUGCCUCUCUUGAGAGUUCGGUCAACAUCAACCCGGCCUCCGCUCGAGCCGCCAUGAACCUGGUAAAGCGGCGUCGUCGGUCAAAGAGAUGCCCUCCGGUAUGGGGAAAACGUGCGCCGCCGGAACCGCCACUUUCUCCGCGUAGCCUCCGCCAACAGCAGCAGGAUCCUUUGGCAUCCCUACAGCAAGACGCGACUCUCCGCUACUCUGCCUCUGGCGUUGCUCCACUGUGUGCAUCAGUAGCGAUCCUCCUCAGGUGGAUAACAAUGUUGGCGAGGGUGAAGGAGGGGCCGGUCAUGGUGUUAAUCGCAGAACCUCGAACAAGACAAAGAAGGCGAAAUCCAUGGCGCGGAUUAUUAGUUCCAAACCCUGGUCAGCUGAGGUCGAGACCCUCUCUCUCCACCAUAUCUUCAUCAAUCUCCAAGACCACAGUGAUGGAAGUUCUCCGUCUCGUGAAAAACCCAUCAAAUGCCCUGGAAUUCUUCAACUGGGUUCCCAAAAUGGGGUUCACCCACGACCAAGACUGUUACUUCUCGAUGCUGGAAAUCUUGGGUCGCGCUGGAAAACUCAAUGCUGCUCGUAACUUCCUCUCCUCCAUUGAGAAAAAGUCUAAGGCGCUGUGA